AUGAGGUUGUCAUUCGCUAAGCCGUUGCUUCUGCUCGGCACCCUGGCCAACUACCUCACGACACCAGUCAUGGCUGCUGAGCAGUUGCUGCAGUCAAACUCGCUAAAUACCUGCCAGGAUGAUUCCAGUUUCACAGCCAGUCUGUUCAAUGUCGUCUUUACCCCUAGCAAUGGAAGCGCAGCAAUCAACAUUGUCGCUGUGUCCUCUGUCCAGGGCAGCAUUGUCUUUGACAUCUCCAUCUCGGCUUACGGUUACGAGUUCUUGAGGCGCACUGUUGACCCCUGCAGCAUCAACCUCGCUGGUCUGUGCCCCAUGACUGCUGGAAAGAUCACCAUGAACUUCAACCUGCCUGUCAGCCAAGAUGCUGUUGGCCAGAUUCCCGGCAUUGCCUACAACAUUCCCGAUCUCGACGCCACCGUCCGUGUCUUCGUCAACUUGACUGGUACCUCCAACAGUGUGGCUUGUGUUGAGGCUGACAUUUCCAACGGAAAAACUGUUGACUUGGUUGGUGUCAAGUGGGCUACCGCCAUCAUCGCCGGCCUGGGACUGAUCUCUUCAGCCGUUAUUUCUGGUCUCGGCCAUACCAACACUGCCGCUCACGUCGCCGCCAACACGCUCUCCCUCUUUGGCUACUUCCAGUCUCAGGCUAUUGUUGGUCUCACCGGCGUUCACCUGCCUCCUAUUGUCCAGUCAUGGACUCAGGACUUCGUUUGGUCUAUGGGUAUCAUCCGCGUCCAAUUCAUGCAGGAUAUAUUCACAUGGUACCAGCGGGCUACCGGCGGAACCCCGUCAACUCUGCUCAACUCACUGACGACCACUUCCGUCCAAGUUGAGAAGCGUUCCUUGGAUUGGGCCGUCUCUGCUGCCAGAAUGGCCAAGCGCGGCAUCUCUGGGGGUGCCUCCAUCAUCGCCAAGAGAGCCAACAUUCAGCUUUCCUCCGGCAGCUACAUCGUCUACGGAAUUCAGCGAGUUGCCUUCCGAGCCAAGAUCGAGUCGACCAACCUUUUUAUGACUGGCCUGUCCUUCUUCUGCGUUUUCGUCAUCUUCACCGUUCUUGGCGUUGCUGCCUUCAAGGGAUUCUGCGAGUUGGCUGUCCGUCAGAAGUGGAUGAACAGCGAGAAAUUCCUCGAGUUCCGCAACGGCUGGUUCACUGUUUUGAAGGGUAUUCUCUUCCGCUUGACGUUGAUUGGCUUCCCCCAAAUGACGAUCCUUUGCCUCUGGGAGUUCACCCAGGUUGACUCCGCGGCCGAGGUGGUUCUCGCCGUUUUCUUCCUCUUUGGCAUGGCCCUUACCCUCGGAUGGGCUUCCUUCAAGGUUAUCAGAAUCGCGCGCCGCUCCGUGGCCAUGCACCGGAACCCGGCCUACAUCCUUUUCUCGGACCCGCAGGCCCUGAACAAGUGGGGCUUCCUCUACGUCCAGUUCCGCGCUUCAGCAUACUACUUCAUCGUUCCCAUGCUCGGCUACACGGUUGUGAAGGGAAUGUUUGUCGCUUUUGCCCAACGUAACGGAACAAUUCAGGCCAUCGCCUUUGUCAUCAUCGAGGCUGCGGCUCUCAUCGCUGCCAGUGUUUUGCGCCCUUGGAUGGAUAAGAGCACCAACUCGUUCAACAUUGCCAUUUGCGUUAUGAACUUCCUCAACGCCAUUUUCUUGCUCAUCUUCUCAGACGUUUUUGGUGCCCCGGCUCUGGUCAACGGUAUUGUUGGUGUGGUCCUUUUCAUUGCCAACGCAGCCUUCGCUCUGAUCCUCCUGCUGCUCGUUAUUGUCAGCAGCACGUUGAUCUACUUCCGCAAGAACCCUGAUGCUCGUUACCAGUUCAUGGCCGAUGACCGAGCAUCUUUCAUGAAGUCCCAGACUCAGCUCAACACCACGACGGAGUUGGACGCCCUGGCUGCGACUGCCCGAGGUGACAAGGCACACUACAACAAGGGACUCGACCUUGAUGACGACAAUGAGUCCAUCUCGUCCGAAUCCAUGCGCCGCCGGGCCGACCCCUCUGGUGUUGCCCUGCCGCCGUCAACUGCCCAGUCAGCUGCGCCAUCUCAGCACUCCCUGCAGCAUCCUAGAAGUCAACAACACGGUCAGGCGCCGCACUCACCAGUGGAUCCCUCAGUGCCUCUCUUCCCAGCGGACAACCACCAUCCUUAUGGACAAGGGCCGACUAGGACCCCGAGUCCCUACAACGGCUCUGCAUCAACUCUCGGUGCCAAUAAUCACAACCAGUACCGCAACCAAAACAACGCUAGCCCUUGGCAGCGUGGUGCCGGAUAUGAGCACUAG